AUUUUGGUAUUUGGUCAGAAAAUUUUACACUGUGGUUAAAGGCGAAGUUUUUGGCCUGGUUUAAAAGUUUCUUGUGUGGCAGUGGCACAGUCCGUAAAAGUAGAAAAAUAUUCAAUCAUAAUCCUCUUUAAAUUCUACAAUAAAUUAUUCAAAAUUUGUUAGGUAAUCCCAGAACAUAACAAAUUAAAAAAAAACUAAAAUAAAAUGGAAUACCAGUCGAUUCCAUUUAUCUUUUUUAUUUCUAAGUUUAUUGGUAAACAUGUAGAGUAGAUACAAAAAAGUAUAUUAAAAACAAAAAAGAAGAGAAAAAAAUCCCCUUGAGAAAAGUUUCUUCCGUUUUGUUGGGAAUUGGGAAAUGCGCUGUUAAAAAAAGAUUAUUGCAAAACUCUCUCAAGAAUACAUGAGAACUAUAAAAAAGUUUAUCAUUAGAUAUUAGUUCUUUACAUUUUUUCAAGCAAAAAAAAAAAAACAAGCAAUUAAAUUCAUUCGUGUAUCUAUCAAUUUUACAUUGAAUACACACUUUAUGACUAAUUAAUAAAAAAAUGAAUAGCGAAGAGAAUCGUUUACGAAGUUUUGUCAGUUGGCCAGCAAAUGCUCCAAUCGAUCCUCAUCGAUUGGCCAGAGGUGGUUUCUAUGCAACUGGCAAUCAGCUAGAGACUGAGUGUCAUUGGUGCAAAAAGAAGAUAUCCGAUUGGCAAUAUGGGGAUCAGAUAGUGGCAAGACAUCGAAGAUUGUUUCCACUUUGUAUGUACAUUAUCAAUCCAGCGGAAUCUGGAAAUAUUCCCCUAAUCAAUGGAUCUGUAGCAAGUGGAAAUGAAUCAGGAAACUUGAACAAUCCUCCUCCAAGUAACAAUAGUGAAGAAAUCGAUUUGAAGAACGAAAUGCAUCGUUUGGCGACCUUCAAAAACUGGCCUAAUCCAAACAUUUCACCACAAUCCUUAGUUAAAGCUGGAUUUUACUAUCUAAAUCAAUCGGACCAAGUUAAAUGUGCCUGGUGCAAGGGAGUUAUAGCAAAAUGGGAAAAGAAUGAUAAUGCAUUCGAAGAGCAUCAGAGAUUCUUCCCCGACUGCCCUCGAGUUCUUCUCGGUCCAUUGAUUGAAAUUGCUAGCGAUGGUAUUCGUGACUUGGGUAUACAGCAAAUUUCGCCACCGAAAAAAGCAAAGUACUCUAGUUUGGAUGCUCGUAUGCGUACUUAUGCGAAUUGGCCGAUUCCUGAUAUUCAAAAACCCGAAGCACUCUCCCAAGCUGGUUUCUAUUAUCAAGAUAUCGAUGAUCAAGUUCGAUGUUUUCAUUGUAAUGGAGGUUUGCGAUCUUGGCAAAAGGAAGAUGAUCCUUGGUUUGAUCAUGCCAAAUGGUUUCCCCACUGUCAAUUUGUUAAAUUAGUUAUGAGUCCACAGUAUGUGACUCAAGUACAAGAAGUCGCUCGUCAAAUGUCACAAAAUAAUGUUUGCGAAACAUCACAAGAACCAAUAUUGCCCGACAGACCAAUGACUUUAGAUGAAGCAAUGUGCACGGCCCCUGUUCUCCAAGCACUAGAAAUGGGUUUAAAUGCUGGUUGUGUUCGAAAUGCUACUCAGAGGCAAUUGGAAAUCGCUGGGCGACCAUAUGAAACCAAUGAAGAGCUGGUGAAGGCUGUACUUGGAGACCAAUUGGAUGAAGAUGACGAAGUAGAAGAUUAUGAGAAUCCCAUGACUCAGCAAUUGUCUCGUCUGAUAAAUUCUUUCUUUGGAGAAGUCAGAUCGGAGACUCGUCCUGAUGCAACAAAUCAAAUGGGUCAAACAGUCGAAAGGGAACAAACUAAUCACAUUCCACCAUCAACUAGCUCUUCGUCAUCCAACAAUCAACUACCAUCAGAAUGUAUUCCUUCCUCCUCACAUCAGGCUCCAGUUGCGAUUCCGGAAACUUUGAGAACAGCAGCAGCUUCAAUUCCUGGUCCAAGUAAAUGGACCUCAGAAUCUCCAUCAAAAACAGCUGAUUCUAACAACGAAAAAAAUCUGUCACUAGAAGAGGAAAAUCGAAAAUUAAAAGACGCUCGCCUCUGUAAAGUUUGCAUGGACGAAGAAGUCGGUGUUGUAUUCUUACCAUGCGGACAUCUUGUAACAUGCGUUCAAUGUGCUCCUACAGUUAGCCAGUGCCCGCUUUGUAGAACUACAAUCAAAGGAUUUGUUCGAACAUUCUUAUCAUGAAGAAUCUACAUUUUUGAUUUGAUUUAAGUAUUUCGGUACAAUGUUAGUUUUUUAGUUAGUUGCUAUUAUGUUAAAUUUUUAACCGCAUGCUAUUGGAAAACAAAACAUCCAAUCAAUAUUGUGUAUAUCUAUUCUAAUGGCUUUAACAGUGAAAUAGUAAUAAACACUAUAAAUGUUCCUACCUUUUGCUCCUCGAACAUUGUAUAA